AUGGAGCGGCCGAGUAAGAAGCGGCGCGCUAAUGAGCUGCCUCCAGCGCUCUCCGAGAGCUCUGAGGCUCGGAGUAGCGUCCACCAGGGUGCCCUCUUCGACGCUGAGAUGAUGCAGCAGCAGUUGGAGCUCUUUGUUCGCAGCGGAAACGUGGACUCGGCGCAGAUUCUAGGCGAACUUUUGGUGUCCGUAGCGCUGUUUCCAUCGGAUUCCGAGCCUCACAGUAGCAGGAGCGACGCGCGCGCUGCAUCAGAAGAGAGUUUCCUGUCACGGAGGACGAUGGAGCACUUUGAGGCACCUGCGGGCAGCGCGCAAGCGCUGUCGCCCGGUUUCCACGCCAAGACGCUGCGUCUGUUUGCAGAUUUGAUGCUGGCCAAGCGCGAGUUUAAGCGCGCCAUUCGUUACUACCACCACAGUUGCAGAGAUCUGAGUGUCGUGACGAACGAGGACGAGCAGGAGGUGAAGCUGAAAGUGGCCAGGUGCUACGUGCAGCUCAACUGCGUGCACGAAGCUAUUGAAUUGAAGUCGACACCGCCGGAAGGACGGACCUUGAGCAUGAACUUGCUGCUUGGGAAGUUGUAUGUGACCGAAGGGCUACAGAACAAGGCUGAGGAGAGCUACAGCGCGGCGCUGCGGCAAAAUCCAUACGCGCUCGAAGCAGCUUUGGCGCUCACCAAGCUAGCGGCAGCUAAGGAUGCGUCUCCGGAUGCGUUUGCAGGCUCCGAUGGAACAACGAAGGCUGGUGAAAAUGCUUGGUUGGCGGGGGCGGAAUCGGGCGCACGACAACAUGAGAUCGAACGAUUCUAUGUCAAAGCUACUGCGACAACGAGGGCAACAAACUCCAUCCUGUCUCCGACAGACGCACAGUGGAUGCAGAUGCUGGUGGCAGCUCACAUGGGUGACGAGCGCGGGAAUUUUCGAACUGCUACUGAAGCAUAUAACGCGCUGGAUCGAGUAUUUCCAAAGAACUUGCACUGCUUGCUGCGCAGAGGGACGCUUGAAAUCGACCAAGAACUGCUGCAUCAAGCCCACAUAACCUUCAAGCGAGCACGGCAAGUUGACGAAUUGAAUUUGGCGUUUAUGGACAGCUACGCCAAUUGCUUGCGAAAAGGAAACUCUCGGACCAAUCUGAACGACUUGGUGCAGGAGUUGUUCCAGAUCAGCGACUCGUGCACCGAAUCAUGGCUUGCCGCAGCAUACUACAAUGAUGUAAAGGGUGACUACGAGACGGCACUGCAGUUCUGCGAGCGCGCUGUUGAAGAUCGGAAUUUUCACGCACCAGCUCACUUGCUGCGUGGAGAGCUGCUGUUGCGAUUGAAUCGCCCGCAACUCGCACUGAAAGCGUUCUGGGAAGCAUGUCGGCUCAAGCGAUCGCUAGAAGCGUACACCGGUAUCAUCACCAGCUACUGCGACCUGUUUGCAAUUGGCGUCAAUCGGUACAAGGAGGCGUUUGCAACAGCCAAGAGUGUCGUGAAGUUGUUCCCUCAGAAGGCGCAGAGCUUCGUGCUGUUCGGCAGCGUGCUCGCGCUCAGUUCCGAUCGUCGAGAGCAAGCACGGCAGGCUCUACAAAAGGCGCUGACUAUGGAUCCUCGCAAGCUCUCGACCAAUUUCGCGCUUGCUGACUUGCUGGUUGAGGAGGGCAACUUGCGCGGUGCCAUUGAAAGACUGCAGACACUGGGCGAGCGCCACCCACGGGAAGAAGUCUUCACCAAGCUGGCAUCGGUGUAUUCAAUGGACAAGCAGUACGCUGAAGCGCUCAAGUACUUCCACCAAGCUCUGCGUCUAAACCCAGGGUCUACCGACGCGUUGCGCGGGCUGGACCGCCUCGAGAAGCUGAUGCGUGGCGAAGACCCGGACGAGCUCAGCAACUCGAUGGAGCAGAUGGAUCCCGAGGAGCCGGAGGAGUCGAUGGAGGCGAGUGAGUACCUGUCGCCGUAA